AGAUGACAGCGACAAAUUCUUCCUAAUGGUCUAUUUUAUGUUCCUUUUAUCGCGAACUUUCUGAUUUUGGCAGCGGCUGCGCAUAGUCCUUUCCGUUGGAGCCUUUCUACGUCUGUCGACUUAGGUUAGUAGUAGCAUGCGUGAUAGAACAAGAAGAAAAUUUAAUUAUAGCUAGAACACGACGACCAACAAAAUGGUGUUUGUCAAGUCACCACCGACCUGAAGACCCAUCUCGACCUCUCUAGCUCUCAGCACGCACCACAAAAAAACAAAAACAAUGUCCGGCCAACGGUCGAUCGCCCACCUGCGGCGGUCCCCGCAUUUCAAAACCAUUACGGAGUUCCAAAACCAGAACGACAAGGACGAAUUUAUUUUCCCGUAUGAAAAUAAAAAAUCCCCCCUCCCCAUAUCAAAUUUGAAAUCUAUGAUGCAGAAUUUGUGUACACAAAUCAGCUUUGUCUUGCAGUAGAGGACUGCACGCAGAUAAAAAGCCUGAGCUGGGCCUUUUUGUUGUUGGCUCCUGGCAAGGGAGACUGAUCCUCUGCACGCCGUACAGCAUUACAAAUUGCCCGCAAAGCCCGGCGGAGUCUCUGGCUUUGCCUUCUUGCAAUACAGAGCCGAUCUGUGUCCGCAAAUCAGCAUCGCAAAUUUUUACAAGUAUGGCUUUUCAGUAUGGGGAGGGGGGAUUUUUCAUUUUGAUAUCCCGCGCGAACUUAACUCCACGGAGCGCGAGGAUGUCCGGCAGAUCUGCAAGCACUUGGAGCUUUCCUUCCAAACCAAAAACCACGGGGCGCAGUAUGCAUUGCAAAAGUACUAUUGUGCUAAGUAUGAAUUGCAUUACAAAUUAGCGCAGCCUGCUGAAGACAAAUAGAAUUUGUAAUGCUGUUUUCACUUAGGAAGAAGAUUUGUCAUGCGUGUCUGCAAUUCACAUGCACGAUCAUGCUUUUGAAAUGCAUAUGCAGAAGCGGAUCACCAUUCUCAAACCGCAGUUCAACAAAAUCGGGCCGAGUUGGAAGCUAUGAACUGUAAAAGCAUCGCACUUACUCGUGCUAAUUGCAAACAUGCAUGACAAAUCUUUUUCUUAAGGCAAAUCCGCAUCACAAAUUUCAUUUCUCAUGCUGGCGAAAUUUGUAAUGCAUUGAUACGAGUGCGGGUGCGAUGCUUUUGCAGUUCAUAGAAGCUUUUGGAGUACGUGGGGAUCUCCGCUUCGAAGAUCGUUUUGCGGUUCAAGAUAUGCACUGCAAAUUAAUAUGUCUGGGUCUGGAAAUCUGUGAUGCUGAAUUGAGCAUGAUUGAAGCGCUUGCAAUGGCAGCCAGGCAUGACAAGUUUUAGAGACGCCUGCUGAUGCCUACCACGCAUCACAAAUUAUUAUUAUUAUUGCGUUUUUGCAUGGCAAAGCAAGAUCCUCUUUUGCUGCUCAUGCAACACAGAUUUUCCGGGAAUGCAAGACACGCAUCACAAGUUCCACUCUUCCAGACCCACCAGAUAUCUUUGCAGUUGAUACAAGAAACCGACCAAGGGGCUCAUCGAUUUGUCGAAGGAAAAGGAGCUGGAAAAGCGGAAUGAGAAAAAAGAGGAAACUAAGGAAGAUUUAGAAAAGCAGAAGCGGGAAAAGGAAAAAGCCAUCCAAAAUCUGCAGUACUGUUAUCAUGUGAAAAAACGUCCCAACCCCAUAGUCAAGUUGGUAAAUCUGCAACACAAAUCUCGAACUUUUGGGAGUUUUGCUUGACAAACUUUCAUCUGUAGUGUAGGGCUGUUUAGCAAGGGCAGCCGCAUGAGAAAGCCAGCCUCUCAUCCUGUUUACUGCAUUACAAAUUCCAAAACACGACUGGGAAUGCCUCUCAAGGAGAUGCGCAUUACAAAUGUUCCUGUCAUUGCACAUUUGCAUGACAACUCUGGUGUGGGGACAUUUUUACUCAGGAUAACUGUGCGGAGAAAAUCAUCGCCUUGACCGGUCGGAACCCGGACGAAUUGCCGAUUCAGCGAUUAUAUCAGAUGCAAAAAUGCCUGGGUCUGGAAGGAUGUAACUUGUGAUGCGCAUUUCAGAACACACAAAAAUCUCUAAUGCAUAAAGCAGAAAAAGCUGUUCACUUUCUGUCACCAAAGUGGGGGAUUAAUAUUUACAUUGCUUGACUUCCGGGUUCUGGUCCCGCCUACCCCCCGGCGACAGGUGACCUUGACAGGUGACCUUGACAGGUGACCUUGACAGGUGACCUUGACAGGUGACCUUGACAGGUGAUCGUGACAGGUUACCGUGACAGGUGACCUUGACAGGUGACCUGGACAGGUGACCUGGACAGGUGGCCGCGACAGGCGAAGCGUGAGGAUAAAGCAAAGGCGAGGCCAGCGCCUGGGCGCAAAUAUUUAUUUUUCACGCCAAAUGCCGCUCUUGACGUGAAAAAUAAAUUAAAAGCGCCAAAAAAAAAAAACGACGCAAAAAUUGAAAAAGAUUAAAGCUGUAACACAAACUGCCUCCAUAAGCAAAGAAGUCUUUGCGUUCGCGUUGCCAUGCAAAAAUAAAAAAGCGGCUAUCUCUGCAAUGCACGGCCAGGAAACAGCUGCUCUCUUUGCUCUGUGGAACCGGAAAGGCGUUGCGCUUCAAUAUUAGAGAACUUUUUUGCAGAAGCCACACAGAGAUAUUCACUUUGCUUCUAUUUUUGUUUUUUCUUGCAAAAUGCAGGGCGCCUAAUUCGCCCUUUUUCCACUAGCGCUUCGCGCACUGAGCCACUACGCGCGCGCCUGGUGUGAGGCGAGGGGCGGACGCUGUCCGCCCCGAUGCCGAACACCCUUCCCCCACUAGCGUUUCGCGCACUAAGCCACUACGCGCGCGCCUGGUGUGAGGCGAGGGGCGGACGCUGUCCGCCCCGAUGCCGAACACCCUUCCCCCACUAGCGCCACUAGGGACGAGCACAAGGCCCCAGCGUGGGGACCCUGUCCCCACGCUCGGGUGGGCCUUGUUUGUCAUGCGGAUUCGGCAUUGCGGAAGCUUCUCGAAACCUGUGAUGCUAGACCUUCCAUGCCAGACCUUCUGUGUCAUGCAGAAACAGCAUGACUCUUCCAGACCCAGACACUUUUGCACUUGAUAGGCUAGAAACCGUCGAGAACGCGUUGCAACGGUUUAAACAGGACGGCACCACGAUGCCUUUAGAUGUGGCGAACAAGAAGAAAAAGGACGCUUUGUUGGGCGAAACCAUGUUCGACCGUGGCUACGCGUUUGGCCCCGGCGGGCCGAAGGAUAUCAAGAUUGAAGAGGAAGAACAGCCGGCGCCCCCGGACGCGGAUUUGUUCAAGGAAAAAUUUUUGGAACUCGACGGAAACAAGAACGACUUGUCGAAGCUGGGGCCGUAUCAAGUGCAAAUAUGUCUGGGUCUGGAAAGUUGGAACUUGUAAUGCUAGUAGCCCAAAAACAUUGCUGGGAACAAUAAAUCUGUAUUUCGUACUAACUAUACCAUAACAAAAGCGGCAGCCAUUUAUUUUGUCAUGCAAAAAUGCAGUUUCCCAUGCGGACUGCCUAUGAGACAGCGUUCUGGAUGAAGUUGUCAUGCUGGGCUACAAAUUCGGAAGUGUGUCCAUCAUCCGCCUUUUAGCAUCACAAAUUUCCAGCAGACGAAAAAGACAUAUUUGCAUUGCAUAGGCCGGUGAAGGAAAACGAAACCGUCAAGGUGGACGUGUACGACGCGGCGGAACUGGAGGAAAUGGUGGAACUGCAGAAAUUAUCAAAUGCAAAUAUGUCUGGGUGGUCUGGAAGGUUGCAGUAACCUGUAAUGCUGCCCUUGGAUUCUACACGGAAUCUGUAUUGCAUGAUUUGAUCAGCAUAACAAGAGGUCCAUUUUCUGCUACGAAGAAAGGGCCUUUCUCAUGCAGUAUAGGCAUCAGAAAGCCCUCAGGAAAUCUGUGAUGCUGGGACAUGCAUCAGAGACAUCAUGGGUCAUGCAAAAUGUGCAUGGCAAGCGCUGCAUUCUUCCAGACCCAGCCAUAUUUGCAUUUGAUAGAAAAUGACGAAAAAACGGAAAAGGAAGGACCGAGACCAGAGCAAUUCUUCGUCUUCCAGCAGUAGUUCUUCCAGUUCCUAUGCAAGAAAAAAACUGUGUUAGUGUAACUUUCUUGAAGGAAUAGCAUGACAAGUUUGCUCUGCAUGACACAGAAAACGUGUCAUGCGUAGCUAGUACGUGAAAACACGCACGAAAAGAGCCUCUGACGCAUGUCCAGUAUGACAAGAGUAGGCGUCUUGCAUCCCCUGCAACAGAAAUUUACACUGACACAGCUUUUUCCUUCGAUAGUUCCAGUAGUUCUUCCAGUAGUUCCUCCUCUUCCAGCAGCGAGUCCGAGUCGAACAAAUCUGCCUCGAGGAAGAAGAAAAAGCGAAACAAGGACGAAAAAAUGAAAUCGCACGUAUCGAAGAAGCGAUCUUCAAAGCAUCAUCAUCCUAAGCGGUCGCCCAGAAGCGUGGGAGGUACUAGCAGUGAGGGUGGUCGUCAUGAAGAUGACAACAGGAAAAAUCGUCGCUCUAGGAGUAGGCGUGGCCAGGUAUGGAGUUCUCAAACGUUACAUUCUCAACUGUUACAUGAAUUUGUCAUGCGGGACAACCUUCAGCUGCCAGAUGAUCAAGCUGCUUCGCAUGACAAAUCUCCGAGAGGCUAAACAGCGUCUAAAUCUGUGCCAAAUCUGUGAUGCAAAAGCAGCAAGCUUGGCCCCUUGACUCUUGCCAUUCUUGCAUCACAAAUUCAUGUAACAGUUGAGAAUGUAACAGUUGAGAGCGCCAUACCAGGACCGGGAUAUUAAGGACGCUCGGCGGGACAAGGGUAACAAGAAGCGCGGAACUACUACAUCAAACCGCGACAAAGACAAUCGAGAUGAACGUCGAGCAGCACACGACCGUGAGGACGACGACCCAGACGACGGGCACAAAGCCAAAGCGGCGCGAAAGAAGGAAAAAAAGAAAGCCAGGAGAGAACGGGAAAGAAGGGAAAUGACGCUAGAGGAAUUGGAGAAGAAGAAAAACAACCUGUCCCGGGAAUUAGACGACAACUACAGGAUAUCACGAGAAAAAAGUGUUACAGUUACACACUUGUUGAAUUUUCUGCAUCACAAAUUUUCUCUGUGUGACAGAGAAAACUUGUAAUGCGAAUAUCAUAAGGGAAAACAGGAAGGAAACGAGGCUCCUAAGCAUUUCCUGCAUGAGAAAGGUUGUCUGUGUUGCCGGUCUUGCAACACAAUGUGUAACUGUAACAGUUUUUUCUUGCGAUACAGGAGGUCCGGAAGAUUCUACAAUACUUCUGCUGCCAGUGACGCACAGGGCCAGAACCCGUACGGAGGUAGUACUACUGGGGGAGCGGACCAUGCUGGUGCAGCGUCUAGUACACAACCAGGAAGCACAGGAGGAACACAACCCCCACCAGGCGGGAAGCCGGUUCUUGUAUCAGAAGGAAAAACUCCCCCUCCCCGUAUCAAACGGAAGUUUCUGAUGCUGGAUUUGCGUACACAAAUCAGCUUUGUCUUGCAGUAGAGGACUUCCGGCCCCCAUCAAACCUGAGUAGAGAAGUUUUGGCCUAGGCGCUUAGCAUGAGAAACGUCUAUGGUGUAGGCCCAACAGCAUUACAAACCGCCUGCAUAAUGCGGCGGAGCCUGUGGAGUUGCAUGCUUGCAACACAGACGCGAUUUCUGGUCACAAAUCAGCAUUGCAAAUUUUCUGCGGCGUGCCUUUUCGAUAUGGGGAGGGGGGAUUUUUCCUUAUGAUAUCUUGGAAACCUAGUUUACAUGGACAAGGCGAAGUAUCGUACGAAAAAAGUGUUUCACUGUAAGGAUUUUGCAGGUUUUGCAUCACAAGUGUGUACUACAUGACCACAGAUGAAAUUUGCUAUGCCAGGUUCCUAAGGGAAAACACAUCUGAAAAUCCACUGUGUUGCAUGUGUAGCAAGACAAACACUUGCGAGAUGCAUUUUCUGCAUUACGAGUUUACACGUGAAACAGUUUUUUCUGACGAUACGAAGGGCGGAAAAGCGGUGCACCUCCCGCCAGGGCAGCAGCCCCCGCCCGGCGCGCAGCUCUUCAUUCCGAUGGACAAAGGGAACGGAAAACAGAUUUUGGUGCCGAAAGGCGCACCGCUGCCGCCGGUGCAUCUGAUGAAGGGCGGUGGGCCACCGGUUGUUGGUGUACCCGGAGCGCCGCAUCUUCCAGGGUAUACUGUUCCUCCACCGGGUGCUGGUGUGUGGCUGCCGCCAGGUGGUGGUGCAGCUCCUAUGCAUUGCAAAAGUAUCGUAUUCGUAUAAAUGCAAUACAAAUUGCGGCAGCAACAUGAGAAAUAAAAUUUGUAAUGCAGAUUUAGCUUAAGAGAGGGAUUUGUAAUGCAUGAUUGCAAUACGAGUGCCGUACCUACGAUACUUUUGCACAGGAUAGCUCCUGGCCCUGGGGGAUAUCAACAUCAUCCUCCUGGUAUCCUGUGCAAAAGUAUCGUACUCGUAUUGCAGUCAGGCACUACAAAUCUUUUUUUCAAGGUAAAUUCGCAUUACAAAUUUUCUUUCUCAUGCUAGGGAAAUUUGUAAUGCUUUUAUACGAGUACGAUACUUUUGCAGUGGAUACCUGGCAUGAUGCCGAUGAAGGGACAGCCUUUAGUCCCGGGGAAGAUGCACGGAGGUUCUGCUUACCCGCCUGGACAGGGUGGAAAGAUGGGUUCUUUCAAUAAAGCCGGCGGAGUUCCACCAGCUAAGGGAAUCAAGAAGGGGUGGGAACAAGAGAGCAGAGUACUAAGUGGCGGACCUGAUAAAAAUGGCAAUCAGUCACCGAAGAUGAACACAUCCUCGUCGCGGGCCGCACACCAGAGCGGCACGACAGGAGCUGAUGCUUCAGCACCGACUUUGACUUUGAUUCCGAACGAACAAUGGAAUAAAGAAGAGGGAGGAAAAGUGGAGAAAAAUGGGAAUCAUGAUCAAGAACGAGGAGCAGCUGGAUCAGGAACAGGAUCGUCAGCACUUGUAGCGGACGCGGGCAAAAUCAAAAUGAAUCCGGGACAAGAGGCUGAAGCGGAAUUAUCGAGUUCGGCGGACAAUGGAGAGGGAGGCGGUACUACUGCUACUGCAACUGCUACUGCUACUGUUACUGCAACUACCCGCGCUCCUGCUCCCGCUGAUGUUGCUGCUGAUGUUCAACAGCAUGAGAAAGAUGAACAGGAGCAACAGCAAGCUACUUUUGCGGAGGAGGAUGCGCCGGUUGUCGAAGAGGAAGAUUUUGGGGAGGAGUAAAGGAAUGGCGCUUGGGAAUUGUCGUCCCUGGCCGCAGCUCCAUGCUUGUCCUUACUGAGAGUUGUUUUGACGCUGUUCCUGUAUUUGACGCUAAAAAGUCAUAAGUCUGCGAACAAAACAUAAACAUCCAACUUACAUGGUGUACAUACGACGAUAAUUUCUUUUUCUGUAGUGUCGUGAUCCAGGC